AUGGGCCAGUUCUGCUCACUCCAAGAACCCUUCUAUACAAAGCUCAGCCGAGGGCCUCGACUCAUCAACCAGCCCGAAACCCGGAUCACGAGGUUCGAUCUUUCUCAGGAUUCUGUGGCUCAAAAGUCUUCAGUCUUAUUGGAAACCGCUAUUGGCAGCAAUGAGAAUCAGCAGUUUCGUGUAUCUACCGUGAUCGAAACGCACUCUGCUGCGUUCAUUGACCCUCUGAAGCUUUCUGACACUGCUGUCUUGGCUCCUCUUGCAGUAUUCCUAGUCCGCGACAACCCACUCACAACCAAAUAUGUGCGAGAGCUCAUUCAUAAGUAUCUCCGGGAAGACGAUGUCCUCUGCUCUGACUUCCUUAGGACCAUAAUUUUCGUCACUGAGCAAGAUACUGUUGACGAGAAAGAUAUCACAUCUGCCACGGUCCAGAAGUUAAUAGACCAUGGCGCUAUUAUCGUUGGGAAGACAAAGACGGCAGAGUUCGCUGGCAGCCAGGGAGUCAUUGGAGACUGGGCAGACUUUUCCUAUGCUUUCAACCCGCGUGCUGAUGGCUACCUCAGAUGCACAGGGAGCAGCAUGGGAAGUUCUUCUGGCAUCGCCUCAUAUCCCUGGCUUGACCUGGGGGCAGUGUACGAGAUCCUGCCAUCAACCAUGGGAUUUUUGGGUUUCGACCAUCCCAGAUGGAUCUGCGGAGCCAAAUACGCCACUACCCUGCGAACGUAUCGGCCUAAAUGCGUCCUAUAUCUCGAGGAGUAUGGAUCAGACCGAAAGGAUGUCCAGGAAAUUAUCGAGCAUGUCAUUUCCCAGUUGUCCAAGUGGCUGGGCACGGAAGCCGUCCGUGUUUCUCUCGAAUCUCUCUGGAAAGAAACAAACCCUAUAGGAACUUCAGAGUCCUUCGACGACUACUUCAAGACCACUUUCAUGGAAGUACUUGCUAGCGAUUAUUGGUCCCAUGAAUCCCAAUUUUUGCAAGAGUACCAACGGAAGUUCAAAUCAGCACUGGAUCUUGGGGCCUCAAUCACCUCUGCUCAGAAGCAAGCUGCUAUCGAAAAAGUUCGACUUCAUAAUUCGUGGUUCACUAAGCAUGUUAUCUCUGCUUAUGAAACUGUUAUUGUUAUUCCUCGGUACAAUCUACAGUACCGCGACGAUUACUUGGGGCCACCUGAAAAUCGAGAAUUCUUUGGCUUUGAUUCCAACCUCCAUGCCACAUUUGCUGGACUGCCAGAACUUGUGGUUCCAAGUAUAUGGAAUUGUUGA